AUGUUUAGGCGUACGUCGCUUCCCUCCAUUGUGGGCGUUUUCAGAAGACAUUAUUCCAUGCAAAAGCCAGCCGCUACAAAAAGGUACAAGUUUGACACUAGUGUUGGAAGGCCUUUGGUGUUGCUUAUUCUGGUCGGUUCUAUUGCAAUAAAUAUCAUAAACCAAAAGAAGGAAAUAGCAGAAAUGGAAGGGUUGUAUAUGCGUAAGAUUAAUAAAUUACAGGAACUAGUAAGCCGAGUAAGAGAUGAUAAUGAUAGGAACUUUUCUGUUGAAGAGGAGCUCCGAUUCGUUAACAAUGCAUUUUCAAGGCGGGAUGCUGUUAACAGUAUCCAGAAUCACCUGAAGGCUAUUCAUAAUUCAGAUCUUGCUGAAGAAAACACUUCACAUACUUUUAAUGAAGAGGAAUCACUGGAUGAUGUAUUAAAAAAUAUUAUGGAUAGUGUGGCCGAAGGGGAUGUAGUAGCGAAGAAUAAAGUGCAUUCAGUAGAUAGAAAGCAGAAACCUUCGUCUUCAACUAAGUCAGGUAUUAUUCUCAAUAAGGAAUUACUUCUGCAAGAAGCAGAGAUUGAGAAAGAGAAAAUGUCGUACAAACCAGAAACAGAAGUACAUGUCAUUGUUGAAAGGCCUGGAGAACUAGUUGAAGCAGCAAAACACACUACUGAGAGCAAAUUUUUGUAA